CCGCCCGCCUCCCGCACGGCGCGCAGCGCCCCAGCCUCGCGCGCCCCCGCCGCCCGCGCCCCGCCGCGCCCCGCCGGCAACUUUCCCUCCCCGCUCGGCCUCUUGCCUCGCCAUUCCCUCCUGCGCUGCUGAAGAUGGCUGUUUGGAGAAGGGGGCGAAGUUAGGGGCUCGCCGGCGCGGGGCGGAGGAGGGCGCGCAGUCUCGGCUGGAGCGGGCGGAGGAAACUGGAAGCUAAAAGAAGAUAAGAUCUGCUAUUAGCACCAAGAACAGCGAACCUGGAUGGUUUUCUUCCCACAGCUCAUGAAAAUUGUUUCUUCUCUGCCAUCGUCUCGUGAACAACCAUUGUCAGCUGAGAGCAGGCUGUGACUCUACAUCCUCAACCAUCAGCCCACCUGAAUCCCACCAUGAGCUCUCCAGUACAGCCAGAUGGAGUGGCCGGACGGGAGCAGUUCUUGGCUCAGCAAAGAAUGCACAGUAUGAUCAACUCAGUGGACGUGAAAUCAGAGGUUCCUAUGGGCCUGGAGCCCAUCUCGCCUUUAGACCUAAGGACAGACCUCAGGAUGAUGAUGCCUGUGGUGGAUCCUGUCGUCCGCGAGAAGCAGCUGCAGCAAGAGUUACUCCUUAUCCAGCAGCAGCAGCAGAUCCAGAAGCAGCUCCUGAUAGCAGAGUUUCAGAAGCAGCACGAGAAUUUGACAAGGCAGCAUCAAGCACAGCUCCAGGAGCACAUCAAGUUACAACAGGAACUUCUAGCCAUAAAACAACAGCAAGAACUCCUAGAAAAGGAGCAGAAACUGGAGCAGCAGAGGCAAGAACAGGAAGUAGAGAGGCAUCGCAGAGAGCAGCAGCUUCCUCCUCUCAGAGGCAAAGAUAGAGGACGAGAAAGGGCAGUGGCAAGCACAGAAGUUAAGCAGAAGCUUCAGGAAUUCCUGUUGAGUAAAUCAGCAACGAAAGACACUCCAACCAAUGGAAAAAAUCAUUCCGUGGGCCGCCAUCCCAAGCUCUGGUACACGGCUGCCCACCACACAUCACUGGAUCAAAGCUCUCCACCCCUCAGUGGAACGUCUCCAUCCUACAAGUACACAUUACCAGGAGCGCAAGAUGCCAAGGAUGAUUUCCCCUUGCGGAAAACUGCCUCAGAGCCCAACUUGAAGGUGCGGUCCAGGUUAAAACAGAAAGUGGCAGAGAGGAGAAGCAGCCCCUUACUCAGGCGGAAAGACGGAAACCUUGUCACUUCAUUCAAGAAGCGAGUGUUUGAGGUGGCAGAAUCCUCAGUCAGUAGCAGCUCUCCAGGGUCAGGUCCCAGUUCACCAAACAAUGGGCCUGCUGGGAAUGUUACCGAAAACGAGGCUUCAGUUCUGCCUCCCACGCCUCUCCCCGAGCAACUGGUUCCACAACAGCGCAUUCUAAUUCAUGAAGAUUCCAUGAACCUGCUAAGUCUCUAUACCUCCCCUUCCCUGCCCAAUAUCACUCUGGGACUUCCAGCAGUGCCGUCCCCACUCAAUGCUUCCAAUUCACUCAAAGACAAGCAGAAGUGUGAGACACAGAUGCUCAGACAAGGCGUUGCUCUGCCUGGCCAGUAUGGCAGUAGCAUUGCAGCAUCCUCCAGCCAUGUUCAUGGAGCAAUGGAAGGAAAGCCCAACAGCAGCCACCAGGCUCUCCUGCAGCACCUGCUGUUGAAGGAACAAAUGCGGCAGCAAAAGCUUCUUGUGGCUGGUGGAGUUCCAUUACAUCCUCAGUCUCCUUUGGCAACAAAAGAAAGAAUUUCACCAGGCAUUAGAGGUACCCACAAAUUGCCCCGCCACCGACCCCUGAAUCGAACCCAGUCUGCACCUUUGCCUCAGAGCACGCUGGCUCAGCUGGUCAUUCAGCAGCAGCACCAGCAGUUCCUGGAGAAGCAGAAACAGUACCAGCAACAGAUCCACAUGAAUAAACUGCUUUCGAAAUCUAUUGAACAACUGAAGCAACCAGGCAACCACCUUGAAGAAGCAGAGGAGGAGCUUCAGGGGGACCAAUCCAUGGAGGACAGAGCGACCUCUAAGGACAGCAGUACUAGGAGCGACAGCAGUGCAUGUGUGGAGGACACACUGGGACAAGUUGGGGCUGUGAAGGUCAAGGAGGAGCCCGUGGACAGCGAUGAAGAUGCUCAGAUACAGGAAAUGGAAUGUGGGGAGCAGGCUGCUUUUAUGCAACAGGUAUCUACUCUGCAGCUGGAUCCUAUGCCUCCCUUGCUGGAUUCCUCGCGCACGCGCACACUCUCCAUGCACCAGGCUCGACUGGCUACAGUUGGCAUCGAUGGAUUAGAGAAGCACGGACUCCUCUCCAGGGCCCAGUCUUCUCCAGCGGCUUCCAUGUCACCUCACCCAGCAGCCGACUGUCCCCGCCAGCCUGCUUCUGCCACUGGCAUUGCCUAUGACCCUCUGAUGCUGAAGCACCAGUGCAUCUGUGGCAAUUCCACCACCCACCCUGAGCACGCCGGGCGGAUACAGAGCAUCUGGUCACGGCUGCAAGAAACCGGGCUGCUAAAUAAAUGUGAGCGAAUUCAAGGUCGAAAAGCCAGCCUGGAGGAGAUACAGCUUGUUCAUUCUGAACAUCACUCACUGUUGUAUGGCACCAGCCCCCUGGACGGACAGAAGCUGGACCCCAGGACACUCUUAGGUGAUGAUUCUAGAAAAUUCUUCUCCUCGUUACCUUGUGGUGGACUUGGGGUGGACAGUGACACCAUUUGGAAUGAGCUGCACUCGUCCGGUGCUGCACGCAUGGCUGUUGGCUGUGUCAUUGAGCUGGCUUCCAAAGUGGCCUCAGGAGAGCUGAAGAAUGGGUUUGCUGUUGUGAGGCCCCCAGGCCAUCAUGCUGAAGAAUCUGCAGCCAUGGGGUUCUGCUUUUUUAAUUCAGUUGCAAUUACCGCCAAAUACUUGAGAGACCAACUAAAUAUAAGCAAGAUAUUGAUUGUAGAUCUGGAUGUUCACCAUGGAAACGGUACACAGCAGGCCUUUUAUGCUGACCCCAGCAUCCUGUACAUUUCACUCCAUCGCUAUGAUGAAGGGAACUUUUUCCCUGGCAGCGGAGCCCCGAAUGAGGUUGGAGUAGGUCUGGGAGAAGGCUACAAUGUAAACAUUGCCUGGACAGGGGGCCUUGACCCCCCUAUGGGAGAUGUUGAGUACCUUGAAGCUUUCAGGACUGUCGUGAUGCCUGUGGCCAGAGAGUUUGAUCCAGACAUGGUCCUGGUUUCUGCUGGAUUUGAUGCACUGGAAGGCCAUACCCCUCCCCUAGGGGGUUACCAAGUGACAGCAAAAUGCUUUGGUCAUUUGACGAAGCAAUUGAUGACAUUGGCUAAUGGACGUGUGGCAUUGGCUCUUGAGGGAGGACAUGAUCUGACAGCCAUCUGUGAUGCAUCGGAAGCCUGCAUAAAUGCCCUUCUAGGAAAUGAGCCUGGCCCUCUUGAGGAAGAUGUUCUCCACCAGUCUGUGAAUACAAACGCAGCUGCUUCUUUACAGAAGACCAUUGAAAUCCAAAGCAAGUAUUGGAAGUCCAUCAAGAUGGUGGCUGUCGCGAGGGGUUGUGCUCUGCCUGCUUCUCAGCUGCAAGAGGAGACAGAGACCGUUUCUGCUCUAGCCUCCCUGACGGUAGACGUGGAACAGCCGUUUGUUCAGGAAGAUGGCAGAACUGCUGGUGAGCCCAUGGAAGAGGAGCCGGCCUUGUGAAGUGCCAAGUCUCCCCCGAUAUUUCCUGUGUGUGACAUCAUUGUGUAUCCCCCCCCACACAACCCCAGCACCCUCAGACACGUCUGCUGCCUGGGUGGCACAGUUUGAUGGAACAUAAACACUGGGCACAAAAUUCUGAACAGCAGCUUCCCUGGUUCUUUGGAUGGACUUGAAAGGGCAUUACAGAUUCCUGAAAUGUAACCACUGUGUAUCUAAAGUUACAGUAACCAGGAUUGGAAGAAACUGUUUCCAGCAUGCUUUUCUGCUGAUGACCCACUCCCAGACACUAAGUGUGAGCUAGAAACCUUCAAUACGGCAUUUGAUAGUGUUCAUUUCAGAAGCUAUGACAGCCAGUGAAAUUUUGGGCAAAACCUGAGAAGUACCCAUUCCUGACAUUCUGACCAGUGUCUUAUUGUGUAGUUUACUGUCAAGUAGACUUAAAUUGUUUACAGGAUUUCUUUUCAGCUGUGAGUCUCUGGGAAUUACAGACAGAUUGCUGUGGGUUUUAGGGAGUUUUUUUUUUUCUCUUUGUUAUACUUUUGUUUGAAUUUUUUGCCUUUGUUCUAAUAUGCUUCCUUCCCUCCUUGAAAAAAUUCAGAAUGGACCUGGGAUAAGACAUUUUUUCCUUUUUAGGGGGUUGAGGGGUUGAGGGGUAUGGAGCGGUGGAGCCAUGGUUUCCCUGUGUAGCCCUGGCUGUCCUGGAACUCAUGCUGUAGACCAAGCUGGCUCAGAACUCAGAGAUCCUCCUGCCUCUGUUCAAGGAUCAAAGGAAUGUGCCGCAGCCCAGAGACGACAGCAAGGCUUUUUUUCCUCGAUGGAAAAAAUAUUACAAUGUAUCUAACAGUUCAAAAGGAAUGUGCAUACUACAAGCAAUGCGGCAGUAUUUUGUGUCAACUUUUAUUGGACAUUUACGUCUGUCUCAGGUUCUCACAGUGUAUGGCUUUGCAGUUGUGACAGGUAAUGAGGUGGCACCACCCGGCACCACCCCCAUGCAGCGCCACCUUGAGGACAGUGGCUCUGGAGGUGCAUCCCUUGGGAGACGUGAAGCCCUUGAAAAGCACAGAACUUCUUAAGGGUGGGCGCUUGUUCCAGCUCUAUCUGGCGCUUUCUCUCUCCUCUUUCCUUCUCAGCCUUUCUUGUCACCCUUUCGUCUUUUAGAAAAAUCACCCCAACCUCCCCAUUACUCAAGGGAUUUGAGCAUCUUCUUUAUUUUGUUUACUGUUCUGGUGAACCCACUUGUGUUAUCUUCUUCUGCUAUGAAACUACUUUAGUGGGUAUAGUUUAAAUGAUGCCACUGAGUUCCCAGGUCUUAGAAAUGUGUCAAUGAAGGUGACAGUGCUCUGAAGUUCUUUUGAAUGGGGCUAAGCUAAGAAUUGUGCCUUUGCAUGAAAACUAACACAGAGCUUAACUUUUGCACAGGUAGUAUUUCCGACAAAGGUUCUGAAUAAAGGACAUUUAUUUCUGAGACUAAAAACAGCUUACUAAGUAAAAUACAAGCAAGUUAGGCCCUGCCUCUGAAAAUUGUAUUUCAGUAUAUAACUCAAACACCUAAAGACAGUGAGGUAGAAUACCUUGCAUAUUUAAUAUCUGACAGUGCUUUUGAACAUUGAUUUUUUUUAUAUAUUUUCUUAACUCAAAGGAUAUAUUAAAGCCAUAAGUGAAGAUUGUCAUGCUUUUAUUCCUAAAUCUAAAAGAAACCUUAAUUAAAACAAGGUUUUAGGGAAGGCCAAGAUAUGAAAGACAUGGAACAAUGUGGUUUUCGUUAGGGAGGACUCCAACCUGUAAAUCAAAGAUGAAAGAUCUCACUCACGUAGAGUUACAUAACUCCCCUUUGUUAUACAGUCAGACCACAUUUUUCAUGCAUUUGGUUUUUUAGGAUUACCAUUUUAAUUUUUAAGACUUUUAUUACAUAUACAAAAAUGACUCGGUAUUUGGUUUAACAUCUUAGAAAUUUGAGAUACCCUUUGAAAUAGGAAAUCUGAAAAAGAAUGUAUCUUAGUAUUAGGUAAAAAAUUACUUACAUUGCAUAAGAAUAAAGUCAAUCUAGAUGCAUAAUUCUAAUGAAUUUCUUGUGAAUUCCAUUUUCUUGGUACUUUAGAGAAAUUCAGGCCAAUGACAUUUGCCAGCUCUCUCUCUCUCUCUCUCUCUCUCUCUCUCUCUCUCUCUCUGUGUGUGUGUGUGUGUGUGUGUGUGUGUGUGUGUGUGUGUGUGUGUGAAAUUCUGGAAUUUAGUUCAAGAAAACCAAAGGCUCACAAAAGACCUUUCCAUUUUAAAAGGGGAAAAGUUACCAUACUUCAGAAGGUAUAUGAUUGUGAAGCUUCAGAAUCACGGGUCCCUAUGGUUACUUGUCAGGCUUUGCAAACACAUUUUAGAAGCUGGCUAACAAGCUGUGGCAGCCCAACUAUAUUACUUUACUGAUGCUGCAGCAACAGCAUGACUUCAGAGGGUGACUCGUUUCUCUGACAAAGCCAAGUCCCCGGGGACAUCUUUGUGGUAGUUUAGAUAUAAAAAACACUGUAUGAAAGAGUUAAUCACACACUUCCUUCCCACCAUAUGAUAACAUGCCUAACUGAUUGCAAUGCAAAGUAUCAGAAUACUGGGAGAGGAGCAGAAAUGGUGCCUUUAGUUCUCGCUAUGACCCUCUGGGGAUAUCGUCAUGUGUCUAACUAAAAACACAGUGGCCUUGAAAAUAAGGCCUCUCCUCCCACAAAAUCUUCAAAAAUUAUGGGACUGAUCUCUCCUAAUAGUUCAGCCAUGUUUUAUUUCUACAGGCCAAUCACAAAGCUUUGUGACGUCACUGGGUAUCUUUACAGACUCCAUGUGGGGGUGAGCGACAGUGGUCCUGAGACUCCUCUCCACUCAACAUUUUUAAGCUUUUAUAAAUUAUAUUCCAUCACUUACAAUUAAGACAAUUUAUUUAAUUAGAUUUUAUUAUUUCUCAUUUAAGAUUUUCUUCUCCAUUUGUCUCAGCAAGUUUUAAAAUCUAACAGUCUAAAGGAAAUCUUAAAAUGAAUCAUUCUGAGCUUAAAACAGCCUUUCUGUCAAAGUGUCACCUUGUCUUUUCUAGUUUUAUCUGUCUUUACACUCUUUUUCUGCCUUUGGAAAUGAAAUAAUGUGGUCACUAUGAGAGAGAAAGAGAGCAAGGGAGCAAGAGAGAGAGAGAGGGAGAGGGGGAAAUGACACACCUGUUGCACUACUUCUGUAAAGAGGGUAUUUUCACCACCAAAACACCUAGAAAAACAGAUUACGGUCUAGAACAAAGGCUUUCCAUUGUCUUCAAAGCAGAUCAUUGCUGUGGUCACACAUCAGCCCUUUUCCUCAAGGACACAAUUAUAUUUUGGUCUCUAGUACAAAUCUAAACUAUUUACCACAUUUAAUAGAACUUAUAUGGAGAAUUUCAUCAACUUCCUUAACACCAUCACUAAAACAUAUAAAUGUAUAUGAUAUGGCUUUGCUAUUCAGAUGUAUUCACAUUGGAAAUCAGAGACUUUGUCUUCCAGAGCUAAUAUCUUGGUUUUUGCUCCAUUAAAUACUUCAUGAAGCACUGGGUGACUAUGUGUGACCAGAGGAUAAAAAAAAUUAAAUGAACAUUAUAUAUAUAUAUAUACACAUACUGAGGACUAUAGAAUUUCUCCAAACCAGUCUCAGUACAUACUACCUAUAACAUCCCUACCUGGUCUCAUGUAAUACGUUAAGAAAUGGCUAUGUUUCUUACUAAUACAUAUGUUCGAAGCAGCUCCAUGAGACAAAUCUUAGUUCUGAGGCUAAUUGGGCUUUAUUUCAAUGGUAAGAUAUUAAAGUGGUUGUAAUUUCUCAGUAAUAAUUCUCAAACUAGAAUAGUUAGCAAAUACUAAUCUACCGUACAGUGCCAAUAUGUCUAACCAGUCAUCUCCUUUCCUCGUCUCUGCUUCCAUUGCUUGCCUGCUAGUACCAAAUUGGCAUAUCUAAACAAUCAGGAUAAUUUGUCAGCUCUCGCUAUUUUAUGCCUCCUAAGCAGAAACAGCCUUGCAAGUUUCUCUUCUGAGACCCCCCCUCCUUGGCAUAUGUGUCUUCAUGCACUUUAUCUAAGUCCUAGGCUAUAACCUUGAUGUGUUCUUACUCAUUCUUUAUCAAGAGACUCCUGAAUUAGCUACCUUUCCCUAAAGGACACCUAAGCUUGCCUAUAUUCUGUAUUUGAUUCUGUUCUUUUAAUCAAUGCAGAAUUUUAUUUUUUCCUUGGACACAGUUUCCACCAUUUUUGCUACUAUCCAAUUGGGUAGUGUUGGUUAUCAUGCAAGAAAGAUUGUGCAUGUACUCUUCAUAAACUUUGGAGGAUGUUUAUGUAAGUUGAACCCUCAAGUACACAUGAACACCUGAAGGAGAAACUUGAAGAAUAUAUAUAUAUAUAUAUAUAUAUAUAUAUAUAUAUAUAAUUAAAUUGCCACAUGUGCUAAAUAAGGCCAAUUGCUUUCAGGGAUACUGGGAUCAAGGCUCUUAUAUUCACUGCCGUGCACUCUGCUCUUUGAUAAAGAUGGCACUUUGUAACAGAUGACAAUGCUGUGGCAACAAAGUCUGGAUUAAGGCCUUUAUUGACCUAACAUUUAGUAAAAUUGAAUAACAACAACAAAAAAGACUCAAAGACUCAAAUUAAAAGCUUUAUAAUCUGAAGAGAAAUUUUACUUCCUUGUGUAUACAGAUAUUUUUUUCUUUAGAGAGAGAAGGUCCCUUUUCUCUUUCUAAACUGUAAGGUUCUCCAACUCUUUCUGGAUGAGUAGCAUCAGUGUGGACCUUCAGAGAAGCUGGGUGAGGUGGCUGUCUUUCCAGUGCUGCCUGGGCUUAGCAAGUAUUCCAUCAAAAAUGACAGACCUUUGUGUAGGACAUAUGCUAGGCUGCCCGUGUCAUUCAAAACAAAUAUACUGAUAUUUUAAAUCAGUUGGACUCUUCAGGCAACAAAAACAUUUAUAACUUUCUUGAUUAAAUGCUAUACCAGGAUUAUUGGAGUAAGUACAGAUAACUUGGAGUUUCUGGUCCUUGUAAUGUGAAUGUGUCUUUUGUAUUGCAGUCUUGUAUCUGUUAACAUAAAAAGAUCAAUUGAUUCUCCUCUGUGAACAGUAGUUUUGCCCUUAAUUAUUUUUGACUUUCAUCACAAUCUGUCAUCCAGAACAGAAAAGUACGCAUUGCCAAACAUAAAGUUGUUCUGCCACUGGUGUGUGCCCAGAUGUGUGAGAUAGUUGCCUAAUAAAGGAUUAAUAACUAGUAACAGCACCAUGGUUGAACAUGCUUUUGGAAGAUUCACCUUAUUUCUGCUUCCCUCUUGUUUUGUUUUGUUUUGUUUUGUUUGUAUUUGGAGAGACAGCAUCAUGCUCCAAAGGGUGGCUGAUGUUGUUAGUGUCACCACGCCUUCAGAAGAAUAAUGAUCCCCAUUUUGUGUUUUCUACUGAUAUCCUCUAGUCCUAUGUGAAUAAAAGCUAUUUGAAAUAA